CGAGCGGCAUGUGUAUACCGUUUUUGGCCUAAUUCAACAACGUUGUAUGCCGUCACGUAUAUUCACUACGUUAGGGGGCUUCGUUUUUGUUCCCUCAACGAAAAAUUUGAAAUAUUUAAAGGGCAGUUAUCCCUCCCUUUCAACAUUUUAUCAUCACCAAGUCGCAUUCUACCAAGAAUAUCUUAUACAAUCCCUAUAUCCCAACUCUACCACUCAACAACACCCCGCCAUCCACAAUGAAGUUUUCUCUCACUUCUCUUUGCGCCUUGACAAGCGUGCUGUCUCUCGGCACUGCGUCUGCGCAACCUCUUGAAAAAAGAAACAGCGUUACCCUCACAGCCUAUUACGACAAUCAAAUUGUUGUAGGUGGUGGAGGUCCUGGACAGGCCCCUUCCAGCCAGACGCGGACCUGGUUCGGCAUCAGCGUUGAUGGUGAAAAGGAAAGGUCGAUCAAGGCAAAUAGUAUCUCCAUGCAAUGGCAGGUCAUCCCAUCUUCCAAGACCAAAACGCCUAUGGAUAUAAGCUACAAGGCGAAUUUCAUGGUUGGCAGCUUCAAGGGUUGCACCGCCAGCUACAAUGGGAAGGAGACUCGUGGCACUCCCCAAAAGGGAGAUGGUCACAAUCUCGGGCAGACCUCUGCUAAAUGCGUUAUGAAAUUCAACCUCUAACGCAGAUUAUGCCCUGGGAAGUGUUGAUAUCUGUCACUAGAUCACAUUACUCCCCAUAUGCAUGGAUAGUUUAUUCUCUUCCUUCCUGUCUCAUAGUUAACCCAUACAAUAUCAUCGUAUUGUACUGUCUGAUA